GUAAUCUACGGACUCAUACGGCCCUACUUUCCAAUCCUCAGCAGAAAUUUUCUUCUCUCCCUCCUCGAUUAAUUGAGAGAAAUUGAUUUCGGUUUGAAUUGAUCAGUAAAUAUCUUCAUUCACAUUGCAAGUUUUUUGAGGUUUUUAAAUAAGAGAAUAACUGGACCAUUGGGAUGGAUGAAGAUGCUGUUCAUCAGGCCAGUGCUCCUAAUGAAGACAUCAAUACUGCAGAGCCAGAGGCAGAGUUAACUAAUAUCGACUCACUUGAUAGUAUCGUUACUAAUAUCGACUCACUUGAAAGUAUGGUUACUAAUAUUGACUCACUUGAAAGUAUUGCAUCUAGUGGUGAUUUAGUGCAAAUAGUUGGAAAUACAAGCGAGGUUCUUACAAGAGUUGAACUAGAUCUAGCAUGUUUUUCAGAGAAGUUGGUUAACUUAAACAUUCUUAUGAUGCACAUAGCAACAAGGGAAAGUGAUUUUGAGGCUUUUGUAUCGGAUAAAGAGGAUAUCUGUGGUGAUUCUAUUAUGAAGGCAAUGGAAUUUAAUCUCUUGUCUGGAGUUUUGGACUCGGAGGUCAGUGAGCUCGAUAAUUUCAUGUCUACUAUCCAGUCAGAGAUUAUAAAGGCCCGUGAGACUGUCUAUUCACGCAAGAACUUGGGACAAGCAUUGGCGGAGAUGGAGGAUAAACUGCAUGAUUCUGAGGAGUCAUUAAAGCAAUCACUAGACCAGGUUUCUGAAUUAAGGGUGCAAUCUGCCAACUUCCAGAGAAUCCUGUCAAGUUUUGGUGUUGAAGAAAACUGGAAAGGUGAGAAGGGUGGUGGCAUUUUAGGAAGUGGUGAGUUUUUGGAUCACAAUGCAAAGAUCAAAAUGCAGACUGCUGAACAACAGAGGCAUUUCCUGAGGAUGUAUGAGAAAUCUUUGGCGAGAGAGUUGGAUCUUGAGAAGAAGGUAGGCGAGUCAAAACAAAGUGAGGAAGAAAUGAAAUUCAGGUUGUACUCUUCAGAACAAGAUGUUUUCUACAUGGAAGAAGCAGCAGCAGUUGUUUGGGAAAGGUUGUUUGAGGCAGAAAAUGCUGCUGAGGUCCUGAUGGGAAUUUCAAAAGAAACAUUGGGUCAGCUUCAGAUUGCUCAAUUCAAUCUUAAUGGUUCAUUUCAACGUGAAAAAAACUUGAGAUUGGAGCUUCAAGAAUCAUUAGAAAAGUUGAAAGCUAAAGACCAUAAAUUAGCCCUUGCUGAUUCUGAGGCCUCCACUUUAAGGGAGAAGGUGAGUUCACUGGAGAAGCAUCUGAAAGAAUCUGAGCUUAAAAUUGAGAAGGGAGUUGAGGAUCUGAAGGAAAAAAAUUCUAGUGCAGAAAGCAGGGCUGAGAGUGCAGAAGCCAAGUGUAAAUUGCUAACAGAGACUAAUAUGAAACUAAAUGAAGACUCAGCCCUUCUUAAAAGUACCUCUGAGAAGCUUGAUUCACUUGAGAGGCAGUUGAGAGAAUCUGAUAUUCAGCUACAGCAUGCAUUGGUAUCUGCUGAAGCAAGUCAGGAGAAAGAAAGCAUGUUAUACUCUACAAUCCAUGACAUGGAACAUUUAAUUGAGGAUCUAAAGUCAAGGGUUUCUAAAGCUGAUUGUCGGGCUGAUAGUGCGGAAGAGAAGUGUAUUACUUUAUGUGAGUCCAACUCAGACCUCAAUGACGAACUGAGAUUUCUAAGGAGUAGAUUGGGAUUGUUGGAGGCAUCUCUGCAUCAAGCUGAAGAAACUAAAAUGGCAACGGCAAAGGACAUUGGUGUUCGGACUAAGGUGAUAGCAAAUUUGGUGAUGCAACUGGCCCUUGAAAGAGAACGCCUUCACAAGCAGAUAUCUUCACUUGAAAGAGGGAAUAAAAUAUUGUUACAGCAAACUGACAAGGAUCCUUCUAGAAGUGUGAGGCACGAUGGUAGAGGACAUGGUUUCAGUAGUGCAACUUGUGAGAUAGAACCUGAAGAAGCAAGUAAUUUCACAGCUAGAAGUGUUGAGGUGGGCGAAGGACCACAUAAUAUGCCUGUUGGUGAGGCAAAAUUGGGACCGGCAGAUUCUGCAUCCAAGCUUGAGACUGUGAGGAAUAUCGAUGCAAGACAGCUUAAUUUGAAGUACAGUUUUAUGGCGGCUCUCACACUUGCGAUUGCAGCAUUGACAGCUUUUGUGUUUCAGCGUCCACAAUGACAAUGAUGAUAGUGAUGGUGGUCCCAGCUUAGUUGCAUGGACCUUCAACUAUGCCCACGUUUUUUCGACGGAAACGCGUUUCUGCGUUCCCGUCGAAGGAAACUCUAAGAAACUCGUCCCAAUGACGGCGGGAACUCGUUCCUUACCUAUACGGGAACUUACACGCAAUAAACGGUUGAGAGAUUUACCAUUCAAGCUGCAAUUGGUACCUUUAAAGUUAUUUUGUUUUUGUUGGUGUGCACAUCUGAUAAUUAACCUUCUAGAUUCUUACUAAUGCCUUUAACUUUUAUGCCUA